UGGACCCACGUGGUGCGUGAUGAAAUCGACGGUGCGGAUUUCUUCCUAGGCCCAUGACUUGUUGGGCCUUUAACGCUUCGCCGUCGUUAAAUAUUCCUCUCACGCUGCUUAUUCCCGGAACCUGCUCACUGGAUCCUUCUGAUCAGCUCUCAUGGGGCUGCUCGAUCACUUGUGGGAUGACACUGUCGCCGGCCCUCCGCCGGAGAACGGCCUCGGCAAGCUUCGAAAGCACCACACCUUCGCUUUCCGAUCGAACUCUGGCAAGGAAUCAGACGGCGGAAGCGUGAAGUCAUACGGUGAGGAUUCGCCGGAAGACGCGAUGAGAGUUACACGUAGUAUCAUGAUCGUGAAGCCACCCGGAUAUCAGAGUCAGAGUGGAUCGGCGCCGGCUUCACCCGCCGGUUCUACUCCUCCGGUGUCUCCGUUUUCAGGUAAGGAGCUAGAGAGUCCUUCCGGUUUCGAAGAAGGUCGACAUCGGAUGCGUUCGAGAAGACUCGCCAGAACAGACCAAGCUCUUCUUCUCCUUUCGAUGUGUGAGAAAUGACUCUCCAUGAUCACUAAAAGAAUGAAAAUAUAGUUUGCUUUCCUCUGCCUUUUUUGGUCAUGCUGUAUCAUUUUUGUUUACCUUUUUGUGCAUAUAUAUGUGUGUGUAUAUAUAUAUAUAUAUAUAUAUAUAUAUAUAUAUAUAUAUAUAUAUGUAUGAGUUCAUGAGUUAAGCGGUUGAAAUGGUGGUAGCUUUGUGUGGUUUAACAGCUGAGUCUUAGUUUGUCCAGUGUUUAUGGUUAUGGUCGGUUAGAUGUAAAUAUGUAAAAACGCAGGUAUGGGCGUGCUUUUGCUAAGUGUACUGUGUAUAUAUAUAAAGCCUUUUCAAGGUUUGUUCAUUAGUGUUU